GAUCUUAUUUAAAUAAAAUUUUGGUUCGUCUUUCAAAAAAAAAAAAAAAAAAAGUUUUGGUAAUUAAUUACAGCGAUUUGCCAAGAAAAAAGAGCAAAUAACCUCACUCCUCUACUUUUAUGGGCUCUAUAAAUUCUCCCAAAUGUUUGAUUCCUUUCUCUCCUCAACACGUUCACACACACACUCUCUCUCUCUAAAAUCUCAAAUACCCAUUACCAACAUUGACCCUUUGACUCUUUGAGUACCUCAAAGUUGAAAGCUUUUUCAAACCCAACUUAUUCUUCUUCCAAGCUCUGAAAAUGGCGAUCUUGGUUCUACUUACAGCUGUUUUAGCUCUUUUAUCGUGGCCUUUAGUACCAACAAAUGCUAACGUAGAAGGAGAUGCUCUGUACGCGUUGAGAAGGUCUGUUAAAGACCCAAAUAAUGUUUUGGAGAGUUGGGAUCCAACCUUGGUGGAUCCUUGUACUUGGUUCCAUGUCACUUGUGAUACUGAUAACCGGGUUACCCGACUAGACCUUGGAAAUGCAAAUAUUUCAGGUAGUUUGGUGGGCGAGUUGGGGAAGCUUGAGCGUCUUCAGUAUCUGGAAUUGUACAUGAAUUCCCUGAUGGGUCCUAUUCCAAAGGAACUUGGAGGAUUGAAAAGCCUUGUUAGCUUGGAUCUUUACCAUAACAACCUCUCUGGAUCAAUCCCAUCUUCUCUCUCUAACCUUUCAAAUCUCAAAUUUUUGCGAUUGAAUGGGAACAGAUUGAGUGGAAAGAUUCCAAGACAACUUACUAAGCUUGGAAAUCUUAAGAUCCUUGAUGUGUCAAAUAAUGAUUUGUGCGGUACAUUUCCGACCCAGGGCUCGUUCGCCAAGUUCUCAGAGGAAAAUUUCAAAAACAAUCCAAGACUAGAAGGACCUGAGCUGAUGGGAUUUGUGAGAUAUGAUAUUGGAGAAAGCUGUAAUUGAUGUAUAAAUGUAGUAACAAAAGCAGCAACAAAUUGUUGCUUUGCUAAUAAUUGUUUCCAUCUAAAUCUAAAGGUCACUUUUUGAAGCAAGGGCCUAUAAAAAAUUGAAAACAACCAUCUAAAGUAAAUUAUGAACAGUGAUGAUUGGUCUCUCAUCAAAUCACUUUUGAUGUGUCAUUUACAUAAUAGUAGUGAUUGGGCUUGGGCUUUGUGUAAUGUUGAUUGAGAGAAUAAACCCAAUUUGGAGAUUUAUAAGUUAAGCUUCUUCAAAA